AUGUCUUUGUCUCCAGAUGCGCAGGAUUUGCGCCUCUUCCAGUACCUUGCUCCGAACACCUUCAGUCAACUAUUGGCACAGAGCCCAAUCGCUUCCAAGUCCUUGAAGGUGAAGAUGCCGAGACAAGCCAUCGAUAGCGGACAUGAAGAGACCGAUUCCGACCCCUCGCCUCAUGCUCAGCCUCCUGCUUCAACUCCAUCGAUCAAGUCCGAGCCUCACAGUCAAUCGACCCGUGCUGAUAGCACCAUCCAAGAUGCUGCUCCAUACACAACUGGACCCGUCUCUGCCGAGGUCAUCGCAAUACCAGACGACGGUGAAGUACCUGAGAUUAGAGCCUCAUCACCAUUCUCCGCCGACGCCGACUCCGUUGAUCACGACUACAUGAGCGACGCCGAUCUUCCCGAGAAACUGUUCCGUGAAUACGAAGGUUAUGACAAACUAUCUCUUGUCAAAAAGAAGGUCUGGGAAACCGAGCGAGCAACAAAGUUCUUCCAAGAAGGCAAACCUAAGCACUUUGAGUGUUUAGAGCACCUGGUGAGCGGUAAGCCGUGUUCUACUCUCCAGGAGUAUCUUCCAUCAAGACUGGUAGCCCGCCCUGUCAUUUCCUCCUUCUUUGGCCACAACAAGGGAGGGUGGAACCAUGUUAUCAAGAGCGUGCGAGUGUUCUUGUGCAGAAAAUGCUACCAACGCCACGAAAACAGACUUCACUCGCACAUGGCUCCUGUUCAGCUACCUCUCUUGCGAGAAUUCAUCGACAGACUCGAGAGAUGGCGUCCUGGUUGUCUCCUCACGAUCCAGCUGCCAACUGCGAUUGAAGCAAAGGUGCAGAGAUUCAACAGAAAGAUGGAGGAAGAGGGAUCUGUGAGAAGUAUUGUAGCGGCAGAGCUCGAUGCUGAAGACUCGGAGGGUAAGAGUUCGAGAGCCGCCAACACACCUGUACUCAUCGCCAUCAAACUAGAGAACCGCUUUGGAGGCAUCAACAAGACCACAGCAGAUCUCCACAGUCUGUUGAAUUGGCUGGAUACCAAGUUGGCAGAUGGCACCAUUGAAGAUCUCCCAGCAUUUGAGGCUCUUAUUGAGGAGCGUCCACAAGACAAGGGACGCCUACAAGUUCGAAAGCAGGGUCGUGAUGCAUUCGCGAAGACACUGCUCAUGAGAGUGCCGACUGAACUUGCGUCUACCUCAGAGGCGGCCACCGAGUCGGAACACACGCCUACACACCGUCCUGCUAGAGCUGGUGCAAGGAAGAAGCCUCGUCAUGCCAACAGAUCCCGAGCCACCACCGUCGCUUCCUCCCCGAAAAUUCAGGCUGAUUUGCCGGCUACUCGUCAACCCACUGGUCCAGAUGCGACCGAAGAUAUUCGCAAGGGAGGAACUGCCAACAAUGCCUCCGCCCUGGCAGGACCCUCUGUUCGUCCGAAGAUCAUACUCAAGUUGAAGGGUAAGAAAUCCGUCAACGCCGAUCCCACAACCAUCAAAGCUCAACCACGCAUCACCAAGAAGCGCAAGCGUGUCACUGUUGCUACACAAGAAGGCGGCAAGAGCGAGGAGGAAUCGGCUGCUCCUGCCAAGAAGGCCAACCUUGCUGCAACAACGCAAUCCUCACCUGUCGAGGAAGUCGCAGACGUGCCUACAGUCAAGACUGUCAGUGACGGUCAGACUCAGGCAUCUGAGGAGCAAAAUUUGGAAGUCGUGAGCGGUGUCGCACACUUGGCUUCUUUGACAUUCGGCAACUUGGAAGUCAUCCUCGACUUCCCACCCGGUUCUUGA